AGUUUCAGUGUUUUCACAGCAGCGCGCGCCCACACUGUAGCAGCUGCCGGCCCAAACGUGGGUUGGCUGUGAACCCCGCGCGUGGAGCAGCGGUCACAACUUCCUGAGUUCGAUACGAGGACUGCACGCUUCCAUCCGGUGUGUAAUGAGUCACAGCAUGAAGCAGAAACAAGAAGGACUCCAAGAGAAUGUAAAGAGUAGUCCUGUUCCAAGAAGAACUCUGAAGAUGAUUCAGCCUUCUACGGCUGGAUCUCUAGUUGGAAGAGAAAAUGAGUUGGUUAAAGGCUUGUCCAAACAGAAACAUUGGAAUGACCAGUUAAUAUCUAAGACUUCCAGCUCUGGAGUUGUUACUGACCAAGAAUGUAGUAGAAGUAAAACUCUUGGAGGAGUCAGCCAAGAAGCAUUUGAUCUUAUGAUUACAGAAAAUCCAUCCCCUCAAUAUUGGAAAGAAGUGGCGGAAAAACGGAGGAAGGCUCUCUAUGAGGCACUUAAGGAAAAUGAGAAACUUCAUAAAGAGAUUGAACAAAAGGACAGUGAAAUUGCCCGCCUGAAGGAGGAGAAUAAGGAACUGGCAGAAGUAGCAGAACAUGUUCAGUAUAUGGCAGAGAUGAUACAGAGGCUGAGUCAUGAACCUCUGGACAACCUUGAAUCACCGUAUAGUCAGGAAUUUGAUCCUGAACAGGCAACUGCUGAGGAUUCUGAGUGAAGUAGAAGACUCAGAAAUUGGUGGUACAUGUGCUGAAGAAGUUGUCGCUUCCUCUACAGAUGUAAAACCGAGUAUAUGAAAUUCAGUAACUGCCAAAGUUUACCUCCGCUGUAGUUCUUUGUAGCAGAACAAAUAACUUUAUAAUGAAAACUUGUUAUCAGACUUUCUUGUUUGUAUCCUGGAACCCUAUUAUUGUAUUAAAAUACAAAUACUGUGUAUUUUUAAUCUAUGGUGUUUUGUGUAAAUAGCAUUUUCUCAGUUGUCAGACAUGACUUGUGUAUAUAAUAAAUAAACUUCAUUCUGUUGA